UUGCGUCUUCCCUCCAAUCCAAUCUCACCAAUUCAUCCCCUACUCUCCCACGCCUCUUCCUUCCGUAACUCUUCACCCAUUCCCUCUCAAAUUCCACACUGUUUGAUCAUCGGAGAACACCACGCCAUGGAGAAAUCCGGCUAUGGCCGCGACGGCAUCUACCGCUCCCUCCGCCCGCCUCUCUAUCUUCCAAAAGACCCAAACCUUUCCAUGGUCUCCUUCCUCUUCCGAAACGCCUCCACUUUCCACGACAAACCAGCUCUCAUCGACGCGCACACCGCUCGGACAUUGAAUUUUUCUCAGUUCAAAUCCAUGGUCUCCAAAGUCGCCGAUGGAUUGAUAAAAUUAGGGAUUCAAAAAAACGACGUCGUCCUCAUAUUCUCCCCAAAUUCGAUCCAGUUUCCUCUCUGUUUCCUCGGUAUCACUGCCAUCGGAGCCAUCGCCACCACCGUCAAUCCGGCGUACACCGUCGCCGAGCUCUCCAAACAGGUCAACGAUUCGACGUGUAAGCUCGUAAUCACCGUCGAAAGCUUGCUGCAUAAGGUUAGAGAUUUUGGUUUACCUGUUGUUCUAUUGGAUGAUGAGAACACUUCUUCACUCAACGGAAGAAUUCCUAAAAUCACUUCGUUCUCUGAGCUCGUGAACAACAACGGAUCUGUAGAUCUGGAUCGGAAUCCGUACGGAAUCAAGCAGGACGACACUGCUGCGCUGCUGUAUUCGUCAGGAACCACGGGGACGAGCAAGGGAGUGAUUCUCAGUCACCGGAACUUCAUCGCGGCGGCGACGAUGAUCACUUCCGAUAAUCGAUGGGCGGGGGAGUUCAACAGCGUGUUCCUGUGUGUUCUUCCGAUGUUUCACGUUUUCGGACUCUCGGUGAUCUUGUACGCGCAGCUGCAGCACGGGAACGCAGUCGUGUCGAUGUCGAAGUUCGAUUUGGAGAUGAUUCUUAAGGCGAUUGAGAAGUAUUCGGUGACGCAUCUGUGGAUUGUUCCGCCGAUUGUUUUGGGGUUGGCGAAGAACAGUGUGGUGAAGAAGUAUAACGUUUCGUCGUUGAAGCAGAUUGGAUCGGGAGCUGCGCCAUUGGGGAAGGAAUUGAUGCAGGAUUGUGCCAGGAAUUUCCCCCAAGCUGUUGUUCUUCAGGGCUAUGGAAUGACCGAAACCUGUUCCAUUAUCUGUGUCGAGAGUCCAUACGCAGGGCCUCGACAUUCUGGCGCAGCUGGAAUGCUCAGUCCAGGAAUCGAAUGUCAAAUCGUUAGUGUUGAUACAAUGAAGCCCCUUCCCCCCGGGGAACUCGGGGAGAUAUGGGUUCGAGGCCCCAAUAUGAUGAAAGGUUAUUUCAAUAACCCCGAGGCUACGAAGCUCACGAUUGAUAGCAAGGGAUGGGUGCACACCGGCGAUCUUGGACACUUUGAUGAUCAGGGUCAGCUGUUUGUUAUCGACCGGAUUAAGGAAUUGAUCAAAUACAAAGGUUUUCAGGUUGCUCCGGCAGAGCUUGAAGCUAUUCUCGUCUCUCAUCCGGAGAUUCUCGAUGCAGUCGCCAUCCCAUUGCCAGAUGCUGAAGCUGGCGAAGUCCCGAUUGCCUACGUCGUGCGCUCCCCUAAUAGCUCGAUCACUGAAGAUGCCGUCAAGAAGUUCGUCGCCGAUCAGGUUGCGCCAUUUAAGAAAUUGAGAAGAGUUACGUUCGUUAAUAGCGUGCCAAAAUCAGCGUCGGGGAAGAUACUCAGAAGAGAACUCAUCGACAAGGUCCGGUCCAAAAUGUAACGGUACGCAUGCAUUUGAAUUGGUUUUGCGUAUAUAUGUUCGCUUAUGUUGUAAUAAGAGGACUUAGUUUUGCUUCCUCGUGUUCGUAUUCAGUUCGUUUCAGCUUAAUUCAAGUGUGAAAAAAUAACAUAGAAAUAAGAAAGGAAUAUUAAACAAGGGUUGUGACACGAUGAAUGAAAAGAUGAUUGUGCAUAAUACCAAUUCAAUUUUGAUUGAAAUACAUAGCCUAGAAGUAGUUGUCAAA